CCAUCUCCCCCUGCUCGUCAACAUCCACCACUCCCCUCGCGCUCCGGCGCUCCUCAGCAAGAUGGACGUCCUCAAAGCAGUUCAGACCUACGUGACCAAGAUGAUCACCGAGGUGCCCGGGAUGAAAGUCCUCCUCCUCGACGCGCACACCACACCCAUUGUGUCGCUUGUCACGACCCAGUCUGAGCUCCUCGCGCACGAGGUUUACCUGACGGACAGGAUAGACAACAACGCGCGCGAGGCACUCAGCCACCUCUCAUGUAUUGCCUUCCUCUCUCCCUCACACGCUAGCAUCGAGCUUGUGAAGCAGGAGCUCGCGCGACCGCGAUACGGCUCCUACUGGCUCUUCUUCUCGAACGCGUUGACGAAGAGCCAGAUCGAAGAGAUGGCGACGGUCGACGAGUUCGAGGUCGUCAAGGAAGUCCAGGAAUACUUCGCCGACUAUUUGGCCCAGUACCCGUCAUUGUUCACUUUGACGCAGGCUGCUCUCGCUGACGGCGGCGAUGGGCCACCCAACCCGCCAAUCUACCUUCCCUCCCCAGACGACAUACCACCGCCUGUGCUGGACAACCAUACGCGUGCGAUCGUCGCCGUGCUGCUGAGCAUUAAGAAGCGGCCAGUAAUUCGGUGGGAGCGCAUGUCGCAGGCCGGGCGCAAGCUCGCCGCCGACGUGCACGCGGCCAUCAGCCAUCAACCGUAUCGAGACUUGUUCGACUUUAGGUCUACGGCCGGACCGGCGCCCCUUCUCCUCAUUCUCGACAGGCGAAAUGACCCCGUCACUCCCCUCCUCUCGCAGUGGACAUACGAGGCGAUGGUGCAUGAGCUUGUAGGCAUCCACAAUGGCCGUGUGCACAUCGACAGCGAAGAGCGCGCCGAGCUGCGCGACCUCGUGCUGUCCACGUCGUCGGAUCCGUUCUUCGAGAAGAACCUCUUUUCGAAUUUCGGUGAUCUUGGUGCUGCCGUGUCGCAGUACGUCACGGACUACUCGGCGCGCUCCUCGUCGUUAGGCGCAGGCGCGGCCUCCAGCAGUAGCCGCAUCGAGACGGUGGCCGACAUGAAGCGCUUCGUCGAGGAGUACCCCGAGUUCCGACGACUGGGAGGCAACGUGACGAAGCACGUCACGCUCGUCGGCGAACUGUCGCGCAUCAUUGAGCGCGACGACCUUCUAGCUGUCUCGGAGGUGGAGCAAUCUCUCGCGUCGCAGGAAUCGCACGCGAGCGACGUGCGCGCAGUGCAGCAGAUAAUCGCGUCUCCAAAGGUGCCGGCGCAGAACAAGCUGCGCGUCGCGAUCCUGUACGCAUUGCGAUACCAGAAGUUCCACGGGAACCAGAUUUCGGCUGUCGUGGACGCGCUGAUCGCGGCUGGCGUGGGCGCGGACAAGGCGCGCCUCGUGUACGUCAUGCUGAACUUCGCCGGCGCAGAUGUGCGGCAGGACGACUUGUUCAUGAAUGACAACCUGUUCUCGCGCGGCAAGAGCGCGCUGAAGGGUCUUAAGGGUGUCGAGAAUGUUUACACCCAGCACACGCCACACCUCAUGGAGACGCUCGACUUGCUCUUCAAGGGGCGGCUGACGGAGCGUUCAUAUCCGUUCAUGGAGGGCGACGAGGGGGCACGGGCCCAGCGGCCACAGGACGUCAUCGUCUUCAUUCUUGGCGGGACGACCUACGAGGAGAGCCGCUCGAUCGCGCUGUUGAACCAACGAUUGGCAGGGAGCGAGGGGGGACCGGGCGGCACGCGGGUCCUGCUGGGCGGGAGUUGCGUGCAUAACUCUUCGAGCUUCCUGAAUAUGGUCAUGGCUGCUGCUGAGACCUGGCCUGACAGCAUCUACGGCCCACCACCCAACAUCGCCCUCUCGUCAGGCGCACCGAGCCUCCACCCCUCCCCUGCUCCCGGCCCUGGGGGGCCCAGCAUCAACCUCCGCGCGGGCGGGUAUGAGCUGAAUGUCGGAGGUUCUGGCGGAUCAGGGCUGUUCCGAAGCGCACAAGGCUCCGACGUCGCGGCCAACGUCCAGCUCGGUGGAGGAUUGCAGCAGGUUGGCGAGGGGAUCCGAGACGGCGCUGGGCGACUGUGGGGCAAUGUCCGCCAGCGGAUGGAGGAGCGAGCAAGUAGAAGCGGUACGCCGCCAGCUCGGUAGAAGUUCAUCAUGCAUCAACCUUAGAGCAUCUGCACCUCGUCAUUUACUCAUUACCCAGAAUGUGAUGCAUCUAAAUACAAACAAAGU